AUGGGAUCCUCAAAGGAACCUGACCGGGGUGCCGGCGUCAAAGACACCGUAGAAGUCCCCGAAAAUGAGCAACCAGGAGGCACCCAAGAAGAAGGAAGCAAGAAUGAUGGCAUGGGCAACAACCCAUCAUAUAGCUUGGCGGGCUCUGGCGCGCAGAAUCCAAACAACAACCGUGGAUACACAGAUGAAGAGUACGAGCAGUACAGUGCUCAGUAUGAAAAAGGAGAUGAUGGCCCAACCUGGAGUUUGGCCGAGCCACUCCCUCAUAUUGUCCGGCCGGGUAUGCGCCAUGGUGCCUUGCCAGAGGAUCGACAGGAGGAUAAAGAAGGGAUGCCAGAGAACGGCCAGGAUCCAGUGCAGACGCAUGGAGUACAGAAACAGCAGUCGGUGGAAAACCGAAUGAAGAAAGUCAACGAUCCCAAAGAAGACGGCUUUUUCAAUACUUGGUCGAAAAUUCGUCACUAUCUUCGUGAGCCACUGGCUGAAUGGCUUGGAACAACUAUGGCAAUGACGAUUGGCCUUUGUGCCACCUUAUCGAACUUCACUUCCUCCGGAGAGGCAGGAUCAUACCCUGCCCAAAGUGCCGCCUGGGGCUUUGGAUUCAUGGCCGCUAUCUAUACUACCGGAGGUAUGUCUGGUGGCCACCUAAAUCCAGCCGUCUCGAUAUCACUGUCUGUAUUUCGUGGCUUUCCCGCACGUCGAUGUGUGAUUUACAUUGCUGCACAACUCCUUGGUGCUAUCACGGCAGGGGGUAUAUCAUACGCGAUCUACCACGAUGCCAUUAUGGAAGUCGCCAACUUAGCCAAAGUGCAUCCGAGUGCAAGCGCCGCCGCUCAGGCUCUUCUCACCUUACCGAAACCAUUUGUCCAACCCGUGACUGCGUUCUUCACCGAGUUUUUGGGCAGCGCAAUCCUAGUUGGCUCUAUUCUCGCUCUGGGAGAUGAUACAAAUGCACCACCAGGAGCGGGAAUGCAGGCAUUUAUUAUUGGGAUUAUCAUUACCAUUGUGAUCCUUGCGCUUGGAUAUAAUACCGGAGGUUGUUUUAACUGCGCACGAGACUUUGGCCCACGGCUUGUCGCUCUCAUGGCUGGAUGGGGUGGCAAUAUCUUCCGAGAAUACCAUGCAUGGUGGGUUUGGGGUCCAUGGGUCGCAGAUAUCACCGGUGCAUUGUUUGGUGCCUUGUUAUACGACAUGGCUAUCUUUACUGGUGGUGAGAGUCCAGUCAACUAUCCCCCACGGAGGCGAAAGCGAGCAUACCGUGUCAGAGCUUUGAAUUUUCGGAAGAAACUUCGUAUUGGGAAAAAGAAGGUUCCCGAUCUUGAACAGCGUGUUAAGGAAACCGAGGAUUGA